AUGAAUAGGGAGACGAAAAUUGUUGACUUGCGUGAUUUGAAUACGCCCGAUAAUUGGAUCGAACGUGAUCCAGAACUAAUUCGACUGACCGGGAAUCAUCCGUUCAAUUAUGAGCUACCUUGGACAAAAAAAAUUCAACGUGGUUUUUGGACUCCAACAAGAUUACAUUUUGUUCGAAAUCAUGCCUAUGUACCAAAAAUUGAUUGGAAUGAACAUCGUGUUUGUGGGACCCUGAGAACGAUGAAUAAUCUAGGGAAUGAAGGUCAUGCUCAACAGUUCAACGUUCUACAGUUUAAAACUACUGGAGAUGAAGUUUAUGGAUAUUUGUGGCAAGGUAACAAGUGGCAAAGUUCUCCAGAUGGUGCCAAAGGACAUGAUUUUACCUACUGGUCACCUCUGUCUUUUGAUCAAGAUGGCAAUGUGAAGUAUAUGAACUAUACUGCUAGCUUUACUAUUGAUGUAAUUUCCAAUAUUCAUUAA